GUAAUAAAGGGAAAGGGGCCGGUGAUGGAGAAUGAAGGAGGUAAAAGCAUAAAUAGGGUGCUCCAUCCAACCUGAUUCUCUACUAUUAUUCAAACCACGCUACUUAGCUUUACUGCACCAUAAUAACAACCUUUCUUUCUUUCUUUCUGAGCCACACACACACACACACACACUUCACUUCUCUCACUCACUCAUCAUGUCUACAUGUCACUCUUGGAUGCAAGACCUGGAGGAGGAGGAGGACGACGAUGGCGGAUUAUUCUAUCAUCACCCUCACAACUUGUCGAGGUUGUCCGUUUGUACCACCAGCAGCUCCAUGUGCGGUGUGGAGGAUGAUGCCAUGAUGAUGUCACGCUUGUCCAUAGAAGACUACGAAGACGACGGGGACGAGGCAGAUGGAGAACUCUCAGGAGAAGAAGAAGAAGGAUUAUUACUAUCCUCUGCCUCUGAAAAAGAAGACUUUCCAUCAUCAAUUGGUAGCAGCUGCUGUUGCUCUCUGCCAAAUACGCCUCCAGCAGCAAGAAGAAGGAAGAACAAGGUGUUUGGGGUGAAAGAGAAGGAGAAGGAAUAUGCAAGUGACAAUGGGCCUGGUGAUCGUGACGGGGUGGUUCUCAUAACCAGGCCCAAGGGUGGCAACAAGACACUGUGUAUGGGUUUGGAAGAGGUGAAGGCUUGCAGGGAACUUGGCUUCGAGUUGGAACUUCCUCCUUCACUGGAAACCAGCAGCAGCGGUGCCAACUCCCCCAUCGCCAAUUGGCGCAUCUCUAGCCCCGGUGAUGAUCCACGAGAAGUGAAGGCAAGGCUCAAAGUGUGGGCGCAGGCUGUAGCACUAGCAUCUGCCUCCAAAUACGCCACAUAACAAACUCAUUCCUUCAUUCUCCCUUUCUCUUCUUCUUUUUUGGCCAUUCAGUACAUAUAUAUGCUUUUGAUUACAUACUUUCAAUGUACUAGUCUUCAUCUUCAAUUUUUCCAAUCA